CUCUCAUGCGCGUGUCUAAAACAUACAUUUAAACUUUGAGAAAUAUAUCACACCCAUACCUUUACAAAAACCGUUGAUUCACAAACACAACUGAACGCUGCCGCUCUUGAACGUCUCACUCGAGGAGCGGCGAAGGGCGGGAACUUCCUGGCAGUUAGUUGGAAAGAUCAGACUCAACAGACCACUUGGUCUGUUAAAUCAGCGUUGGAUGAGCUCUGUGUGUCGGAGCCUGAGGAUGAAGAUCGCCGUGCUGGGAGCCACCGGGCAGACAGGACAGUAUCUGGUCAACCAGGCGCUGCAGCAGGGACACACAGUCACUGCCAUCGUCAGGAACCCGGGAAAACUCGCUGUGCAUCAUGACAAUCUCAAGGUGGUGGAGGCUGAUAUUUUCUCCACAGACGCUCUUAAGACUCAUUUCAAAGGACAGGAUGUGGUCAUGUCGUGCCUCGGCUUCCCGGCCUCCAUCUUCUCGGCGGUGACGGGCUACACGAUGUCCAUGAAUGCUAUGAUCAGCGCCAUGCGACAGGCCCGAGUCAACAGGAUCAUCACCAUGACCUCCUGGUACACUGAACCCAACUCUGGGACGAAUUCAUCUUAUAUGAUCCGGUUCCUCCUGCUGCCGAUGAUCCGAAGCGUCCUCACCAACAUGCACGAGAUGGAGAAGUUUCUCCUGAAUGUUGAGGACAUCAACUGGACUGUGGUUCGCCCUCCUGGCCUCAAGAACCUGCCAGCCUCAGCUCAAGAGUUUUUGACCCAUGAGGGAUACUUUGUGCCUGACAGCAGCGGGAACCCUGUGGGCAGCACAGUGGCGAGAGGAGAUGUGGCUCGCUUCAUGCUCUCUCUUCUCAACAGCAACGCCUGGAUCAAAGGGGGAGUCUCCAUCACGACCAAAUGAGAAAGUUGAAGCCAGCGAUCACUUCACCAAAACAGUACGAAAUAUAUUUGCACACCGAUCUCGAGUGGUAUUUAGCCAUGCAGAAGUCCUCGACUUUACUUUUCUUAUUAAUCUUGUUUACAGCGGCAGCUGUUCUCCGCUCUCCGUGAAAUAACAGAUAACAUUUUGCAGCUUUAAGAGCUAAAUAUUUUCCUCUUAAGGUGGUGGAGAGGAAAAUAUGAACUACAGCAGCAAACUCUUUAAUCAGUCACUGUUUUUGAUUAUAUCUCAAUAAACACACUGUGUAGCUCAUCAUAAACAGUUUUCACUGGAACUGCCUUUUACAAAACAAACAGUUCUUAUGAAAACUGUUGAUCGCUUGCUCAGUGAAUUAUGCAGCCUGAUAGGAAAUCACUUAUAAAAAGACAUGAUUUUAUUCUUAUUUAUUUUUUUCUAAUGUCUGAGGAAGAACAACAGAAACCACAGAGCAAAUAACACCCAAACUAUCCUCAUGGUUAGAUAUCACUGGUGCCAAGAAGUGCUCUUUUUUGAUAUUGGUGAACUGGUCCUUUAACAAAAUGUCCCAUCUCGUUCUUGCCUUCACUACAACUGGAUAUAAUGGCAUAGCUACCACACAGCCUACUCUGUCUGAUGAAUGUCUUUUUGAUUAACCAAGUGUAACAUGUUCUUGUUUUUAUGCAUUGAAAGGUCUUCAUCAGCAAGUGUACCAUUUAAUUGUGUUGGUUUUACUCUCUACUCAUGAGGUGAGUACAGUUACACAUUGUAGUGAAUGACUUCAGCCACAUGAGAUCAGUGUUGUGCCAUUUCUAACUGCCACUUUCAGCUACUAUUUAAUAACUGAGAAUGAAAGAAAUUCCUUUUUUUUUGCGCCAUGUUUUCAUGUGAGCACUUUAUAUUAUAUUCAAGUCUGUACUAUGUCAUUUCUGUAAAAUAAACAUAUAGUAUUGAAACUG